AUGACCAAGAAUUUUUGGUACAAUAAAGACAAUGGAUCGAUAAAAGACAAGGAGGAAGGAGCAAACCUUGCACGCCAACAUUCAGAUGACUCUGAAGAUAUGGUGGUUAUGGCUGCGGUUGCAGAUGACUAUGUCGAAUCCAAGACCUGGUUCCUCAACUCAGGCUGCUCGAACCACAUGAUUGGUCGAAAAGUGUGGCUAGCAUAUUUAAACUCGUCGAAGAAGAGCAAGGUAAAAUUUGUUGAUAAUAGCUCGUUGCAAGCAGAAGAUACUAGUGACAUAGUUUUUCAAAGGAGCAAUUCAGGAAAAGCUAUGAUUAAAUAUGUACUAUAUGUACCUAGAAUAAAGUGCAACCUGCUAAGUGUUGGACAAUUGGUUGAAAACGUUUUCUUAGUAAUUAUGAAAUAUGGAGCCUUAGAAUUGUUCGACACUGAGAAUAAUUUGCUCUUAAAAUCUUCUUUGUCUAAAAACAGGACAUUUAAGACUAUGAUCAAUUCGUCUGAAGCAUAA